UGAAGACCUUCGACUUAGAACCACAGAAUAUUAGAAGUCUAGAACCAAUGUAGGACUAAGAAAUAAGGAUUGAAGAUACAAAUGUUCUCAGUACUAAGGUCUCCUCCACCUGCUUAUGAUAAGUUGGUCACACCCUUUUACUGCUUCUACCUGCCAAACACAAAUAAUGGCUUGAAAUGUUCAUCACAACCGCAACUUGGAUACAAUCCAUGGCAACGCAAAUGUUUCAGGAGCUAUUGCAAAAGGGAAGAACAAGCCACGCAUGAAGCGCACUUUCCUCAGGGGUUUUCAGCUUUGCAGCAAGAGGACAGUCCAUGGGAGAGCGGGGAUGUAUGGAGCAAUCUUGCUCUCUAUCUGUUCACUCUGCAUAUCCCUCUCAGUUUUGGAGGCUUUUCUCUGGUUGCCCUUCUUACAGGACAAUCUGUUCUUGACCCACAAACUCAGGCCUUAUCGCUUCUUACCAUUCAAAUUCUUGAGUUUAGUGCGGCUCUGAUUUUAUUGAAGUACACAGCUAAGCCACAAUAUAAAUUUUCAAAUUUCUUCAAAAACAAUAACAGGAACUGGUUUUUGUCAUCAGCUCUGGGAUUUGGGUUUCUUGUUCUGCUGAUCUUUCUAACAUCACUCGUUGCAGAGAAAUUAUUUGGCUCUCAGCAUGUUAACAACCCCAUACUGAAGGAGAUCCUCCAAAGUAGUGAUCUUUCAAGAGUGUCUUGUGUGCUUGGUUACUGCAUUGUCACUCCUCUAUUGGAAGAGGUUGUUUAUAGGGGAUUUCUGUUGACAUCACUUUCCUCCAAGAAAUGGCAGCAAGCUGUUAUCACAAGCUCAAUCAUAUUCAGUGCAAUUCACUUCUCUGGUGAGAACUCUCUGCAAUUGUUCUUCAUUGGCUGUGUCCUUGGGUGCUCUUAUUGCUGGACUGGAAAUUUGAAUUCCUCCAUUGCUGUACAUUCCCUCUACAAUGCUUUGACCUUGAUAAUUACUUAUUCAUCGGGCUAGGCCUUGCAUUGCACGAUGGCAUUAUCUUAAAAUGAAGUUAUCUUCAAUCUCCACAAGUACAAUUUUGGACGUUAGAGGAGUGUGUUAACGGUUAAGGUUCCAAAUUGACUAGAGAUAUGGUCAAAAUAAGUCAUUGUAAGUUGUACAGGAUAGGUCUCACAUUUGAACUUGCUUUUAAUAGAGUUAAAGUCCAGCUCAAAUUAUUAACAGAAAUAAAUAAUCAAAAUUCUUGACAUACUUGAUUCUUUUGCCAUCUUUUAAGUGGUCAUGUUAUCCUCUGAUAUGUGACUUUGAAUAAAUUUGAUAAUGACUGCAAAUUUGAUAAUGUUAUCCUCUUAUGUCUUUGUU